AUGCACUCUCAUAUGAGAGCAAAGCACCCGUGUGAAAGCGGCGGGCCGUCGUCACAGCAACAGUCAAUUGCCAGCUUCGCCACUAGAAGACGUACAUGUGAUGACAGACGUGCGGAGCAAACGGCGUCCCUCAUCUCAAAGAUGAUUGCAAAAGACAUGCUCCCCAUCAGCUUCGUUGAAGACAGAGCCUUCACCAAACUGUUAGAUGCACGAACCCUCGAGUUGACAGAUAACAGCUGGAGUGUGAUGGAGGAGCUCAUGAACGUGCUACACUCGCUGAAACACGCUACUACUGCGUUGUGCGGAGAGUCUGCAGUCUCCAUCUCUAUGGUUUAUCCGGUUACAGCAACUCUUAUAUCAAAGCACCUUAAAGAAAAUGAGGGAGAAUCUCCCAAAGUGUCUCAGUUCAAGCGCUCCGUGUCUGCUUCACUUGAGCGGCGACUCGCACCGACAGAUGUCUGCAGCGCCGGCAAAGUGGCGUACAUCGCCUCCUUCUUGGACCCGAGGCACAAGCCUCUCAGGUUCACAUCGGAUGAUGUUAAAGUUGCUGUGCAGGCCAAGGUGAGCGAUCUCCUCUCGAGCAGGCCAGAGCCAGAACUCGUGGAGGCGGUCGCAGUUGAACCCGAAGAGACUGAGCUGAGGGCCAAGAAACCACGAAGUGAUGCUGCGUCCGUCUCUGCUAUUGCUGCCCUGUUUGCUGUAACUGUCCUCUCUGCUGCCAUCCCUGUGCUCUCUGCUGCAUCCCUGUGCUCUCUGCUGCCAUCCCUGUGCUCUCUGUGGCAGUCCCUGUGCUCUCUGCAGCCCUGA